AACUAUUAGCCGAAAAUCGAAAUUUCACAAUAGCGCACCGUAAUAACUAAGAAUUCUUUUUAUAUUUUUAAAGCGCAAGAUUGAAAGAACAUUGUGCUAUAUGAGGCGGCAACAUUUGAAUCAUUGCAGAAGCUCAAUAGUUGGUCCAAAAUUUAACACAGUUGCUAACACAGAAAUUAACGGUGCGGCAGACUUGCGUUCUCAUCGUUAUUUAACAUAAAGAGAAACACACCCCCGCCCGCCCCCGAAAACAACAACAAACAGCAAACAUGGCAAUCCGGCUAAUAAGCUCGGCAAAAGCAAUGAAAAGCCUGAUGAGACGCAGCUACAUGAAGGGACCGCUGACGGAAAAGGUGCAGCGAGGUCCCGUUAUGGAAUUGACGCCGCUGCUUCGUUAUUUCGUGGAACAGGUGCAGUUGUUGUGCAAAAAGCCGCCAAAGGGAUUUGAAAAGUACUUUGAAGCUGGUGGCAAGUCGUCGCAACCAAAAGGCAGUGCCGAAAAGAAACCCACAAAUGGCAAUAAAUCAACAUCCAGCGGAAAUAAAACAACACCCGCCGCAGCCAAACCCAGCACAGCCUCUGAAUCCAAGUCCGACUGGAACUUUGGCAUGUUUAGCAAUAGCUCACGUGGUCCGGCUGGUCGUGGAACUGGCACACCCGGCGGACGUCCCUUGGGUGAAGGCGGCGGCGGUGAUCGCGAGCGUUGGAUUCUGCUGGGCGCCAUUGGAGCUGUGGUUUUGGUUGGCUCGUUUGCCUUCUUCGAAAUGGGCUACAAGGAAAUCUCAUGGAAGGAGUUUGUCAACAGUUAUCUGACCAAGGGACUCGUGGAGAAGUUGGAGGUGGUCAACAAGAAGUGGGUGCGAGUGCGUCUCCAGUCUAGUCAGAGCGGCAGUGGAGUGCUCUGGUUCAACAUUGGCAGCGUUGACUCCUUUGAGCGUAACCUGGAGACGGCACAGACGGAACAGGGCAUCGAGUCCAUUAACUUUGUGCCCGUCAUCUAUCGCAACGAAGUGGAGGCAUCCAGUUUAACUGGUCUGCUGCCAACGCUGCUCAUCAUCGGUUUCCUCGUUUACAUGAUGAGGAAAUCAGCGGACAUGAUGGGCGCUGGACGUGGACGCAAGGGCGGUGGUUUAUUCGGCGGUGUUAUGCAGUCCACGGCCAAGCUGAUAAAUCCCACAGAGAUUGGCGUGGGAUUCAAAGAUGUUGCCGGCUGUGAGGAAGCCAAAAUUGAAAUAAUGGAAUUUGUCAACUUUUUGAAGAAUCCUCAACAGUAUAUCGAUCUUGGCGCCAAGAUACCCAAAGGCGCCAUGCUAACCGGUCCACCCGGCACGGGCAAAACGAUGCUGGCCAAGGCAACAGCUGGCGAGGCGAAUGUUCCAUUUAUCACCGUAUCCGGCUCCGAGUUUCUGGAAAUGUUUGUGGGCGUUGGACCGUCCCGUGUACGCGACAUGUUCGCCAUGGCACGUAAGCAUGCGCCAUGCAUUCUAUUCAUUGAUGAAAUCGAUGCAGUGGGCAGAAAGCGUGGCGGCAAGACCUUUGGUGGUCACUCUGAGCAGGAGAAUACCCUGAAUCAGCUGCUUGUCGAAAUGGAUGGCUUCAAUACGACCACAAACGUGGUGGUGCUGGCUGCCACCAAUCGUGUGGAUAUCCUGGACAAGGCCUUGAUGCGUCCAGGACGCUUCGAUCGACAGAUCUAUGUGCCUGCACCCGAUAUUAAGGGACGUGCGAGCAUCUUUAAGGUGCAUCUGGGUGCGUUAAAAACGGACCUCGACAAGAACAGUUUAUCCCGUAAAAUGGCUGCACUGACGCCGGGUUUCACAGGCGCUGACAUUGCCAACGUGUGCAAUGAGGCGGCAUUGAUCGCAGCUCGUGACUCCAACGACACCAUUGUGUUGAAACACUUUGAGCAGGCCAUCGAGCGUGUCAUCGCGGGCAUGGAGAAGAAGACGAAUGUCCUGGCACCGGAGGAGAAGCGUACGGUGGCGCAUCAUGAGGCAGGACAUGCCGUUGCUGGUUGGUUCUUGGAGCACGCGGACCCAUUGUUGAAGGUCUCGAUUAUACCACGCGGCAAGGGAUUAGGCUAUGCCCAAUAUUUGCCAAAGGAUCACUAUCUGCUGUCCAAGGAGCAGCUGUUUGAUCGCAUGUGCAUGACCCUCGGCGGUCGUGUGGCUGAGGAAUUGUUCUUCAAUCGCAUCACAACUGGUGCCCAGGAUGAUCUGAAGAAGAUCACUGACAUUGCCUACUCCCAGGUGGUUCGAUUCGGCAUGAACGAGAAGAUCGGUCAGGUCAGUUUCGAUGUGGGCCAAAGUGGCGAGCCGCAGUUCAGCAAACCGUAUUCGGAGGACACCGCUCAGAUGAUCGAUAACGAGGUUAGGGAUAUAAUUAAAUGCGCGCAUACGAGCACAACGGAGCUGCUGGUCAAGCACAAGGAGGAGGUGCGUAUUGUUGCUGAACGUUUGCUGCAAAAUGAGGUGCUCAGUCGUGAUGACAUGAUUGAGUUGCUUGGCCCGCGUCCAUUCAAGGAGAAGUCAACGUACGAAGAUUUCGUUGAGGGCACCGGCUCCUUUGAGGAGGAUACCACGUUGCCCGAGGGUCUCAAGAGCUGGAACAAGGAGAAGGAUUCACCUGCCACAACAGACACAGAUUCAACACCGCCGCCACCACCCACAAAGCCCGUAACGGCAUCCAGCUAAAUACGCGCAACUUUUGCUUGUUGCUCCUGUUGUUUUUCCUGUAGUCCUAGUCGCAAUUAGUUAAUGUUUGGAGUCCGACUAGAGUCGCUAAAUUCACGACGUGCUUACAAAAAAAAUUCAAAAACCAAUUGUCUCCUUCUUAAGUUACAAGACAAAUGUUAUCAAUAAUUUUAAACAGAUGUUUCCAAUUGUAUCUUGGAUAUUAAAUUUGGCGUGCUCACUACAAAACCAUGUAAAAUGCAGAUGUAAUAAAACAGAAUUAUUUCGAACAGUGUAAAA